CCUCAUCUUCUCAUUCUGUCCUCUCUCUCUCUCUCCCUCUCUCUCUGCAUCUCCCCAUGUAAUAAAGUCCCACUCAAAUCAUACUUCCUAACAACGACCCACUUAACUGUUCUUUAUUGUUGGCCUCUUUACUGCCUGCUCUCUGCUCAUAUGAUCUUCUCUCUCUAAACCCAUCUCACCAUAAGCUCCUUCCGGACUUUUGGUAGUAAAGAAGUAAUCUUUACCAGUAAAAAAAACACAAUGACCCACUUAUUCAAGAAAUUUAACAUUCUUGGGCCCUCAGUUAGCAUGAUUGGGUUCUUCUUUGUCUCUGUUUGCAUUAUCGUUUGUUUCUUUUACUUGGAUUACCGAGCUGUGACCAAAGGGUUUCACCCUCCUGGGAAAAUUAGCCUGAUUACUGCGUCGUUUGGUUUGAAUGGGUCAUUGGGUGAGAACCAAAGGCGGGAGUUUCUUGAAGAUGGUGAAGAUGGGUGUGAUGUUUUUGAUGGGAGUUGGGUUUGGGAUGAUAGUUAUCCACUUUAUAAGUCAGAAGAUUGUUUGUUUGUGGAUGAGGGGUUUAGGUGUUCUGAGAAUGGAAGGCCCGAUAAUUUCUACACCAAAUGGCGUUGGCAACCGAAAAAUUGCAAUUUGCCCAGAUUUGAUGCAAAAAACAUGUUGGAAAAUCUCCGGAACCGCCGGCUUGUAUUUGUUGGUGAUUCUAUUGGACGAAACCAAUGGGAAUCCCUUCUCUGUAUGCUUGCUUCUGCAGUUCCUGAUAAGACUUCGAUAUUUGAAGUAAAUGGGAGCCCAAUAACAAAGCACUCUGGUUUCUUGGUUUUCAAGUUCAGGGAUUACAACUGCACUAUUGAAUACUACAGAGCUCCAUUUCUAGUGGCGCAGAGUCGGGCUCCGGCUCGAGCUCCAGCAAAGGUGAAGACUACUUUGAAACUGGAUCACUUGGAUUGGAGCUCCCCAAAGUGGAAAGGUGCAGACGUGCUGGUUUUCAACUCUGGGCAUUGGUGGAACUAUGAGAAGACAAUAAGAGAGGGUACUUACUUUCAGGAGGGGGAGGAAGUGAAGAUAAAGAUAAGUGUAGAAAGUGCAUUUCGGAGAGCUAUUGAGACGCUGGUGGAUUGGACAUAUAGUGAUGUAAAUUUGAGCAAGACCCAAGUUCUCUUUCGAAGCUAUGCUCCCGUGCACUUCAGAGGUGGCGACUGGAAUACUGGCGGUACCUGUCACCCAGAGACGAUGCCCGACCUGGCUUCAUUACCAGUUUCAUCCCAAAUGUCGGUCCACUUGAAUAUUGUCCUAGAAGUGUUAUCAGAACGCUUGAACAAGUCCAAAGCGAAGAAACUGGAUUUAUUGAAUGUGACUUAUUUGACAUCACUGAGAAAAGACGGCCACUCGUCUUUGUAUUAUUUAGGGCCCGGGAUAGGACCGCCACCUCUCCACCGGCAAGACUGCAGUCACUGGUGCCUGCCGGGUGUCCCUGAUUCAUGGAACGAGCUUCUCUAUGCUCUCUUCAUCAAGGGGGAGUACAGUCGAAUACGGAAAUCAAUGAACGCUUCUCAAGCUCCAUUAUGAUUGAUAAGAAAGUUCGCUGAUCUAACUACCACGUUGAGUCGCAUAACCAUAAAGCUGACACCAUCAGUUAUUCUUCCAUCGGGUAUGGGUGUUGACUUUCAAGUAAUUUGGCAGAAUCAACUGCCACUUUGCUAUAGAAGGCAUGAUUAUCAAACGUGGAGUGAGUUGGUUGUGGCUUUUCUCUGGUCAGUGCAUCUCUUCCUCCGAGGAUCUUCUCACGAAUACGUACUUGUGGAAUGAUGGCUUUGUCCCUUUGAAAAAAUAGUGAUGCAGCCUGCUCUGAUACUAUAUAGCCAGGGGUGGUGGAGAAAUUUGUGGCAUGCCACAUUCACGAUAUGCCACAUUCACGUUUGAUACCGGAUGCUUGCAAUUGAUUCUGCAUUUGAGUUGGCUCAGUCUGAUGCGAACUCACAUAGUUCACCAGAGAUAUAGAAAAUGUAUGUCAUUCAUAUAGAGAGUACAGUCAAAUAUAUAGCAGUUCUUGACAUUUCUACUCUACUUACUGUACUUGUGUAUACAAGAAGUUAGGUUGGAAUGUCAUUGCACUUUGUUUUGUUUUGCUCA